CAAGACUGCACAGUGCACACUGCACUGUUGUUCUACAAACUUGUUGGACGUAAAGCAUAUUAAUGACUAAAUUAGUACUUCAUGAUUAUACAAGUGAUAAAUGUUACUUUCAAGAUGAGGCUGAUAUGGUGUUUGUGUCUCGUAGUUUUGUGUACGCAUUGUACACAAGCGUCAACUCACUGGAUGGUAACUGAGAGCGGUUUGAUACAACCUAAGCUAGAAUCGCCGUUCGAAAUGGCGCGCCCUUACGACUUGUUAGCCUUUUUAAACCAGGACACCCGAUGGGAUAGUAUCAUAAGCUUAUAUCAUGACCUCGCUAAAAAGCAGGAGGCUAUUAAAGUUCUAUGGGAAACACUGGAGACAGAUAGCGAUGUGUCCACACAUCUAUCUGAGGAUGAGAACUGUGUGAAUGCUGGGCCAGUAAAUGUACUGGAUUGGUAUAAUUCUAUUCUAGAAGAUGGCAAAUCUAAGUUCAUUCCAGAAGACGAGUAUUGGCUAAAUAAUCCUUACACUGGACAAGAAAACUUUAUUCCAGACUGUAAAAAAAUAUCUUCUUUGACAUUUAGCAUGUUCGCUUUUGAGCAUUUAGAGGGUAUGAUCAAAAGAGAGAAUCUUAGCAUUGAUCCAGAGUUGACACUCCCAGAGCAGAUUUCUCCAAUCAUGACAGUUGACCAGUUUGGCACCUGGCUGUUUAACAUUCUGCAGCAGAACAGCUCCUCUUGGCUGCACUAUAACAUGGCUUCUCUAUACUGGAGGGUAAGGGGAAUUGCCCCUAAAGCCUUGGAGUGCAGUCGGCGUGCUGUGCAUUAUGCACCAAGGGAAUACAAAGACAUAGCCUUCUUAAGCAUGGGCACCAUACUCCAUCGCAGCAAAAUGACUGAAGAUGCAAUCACACUACUCCGAGCAGCUGUGGACCAUGACCCUGAUUUUGCACUUCAUCAUUUCAUGCUUGGCAAUGCUUAUGGAGUCAGUGGUGACUUCAACAGUUCCUUGAAACAUCUGGAUAUGAGCUUGGAGCUGAACCCCUUGUCUGAACCGACAAUAAAACAUAGAUAUGGCAUUAUGUGUCAUGCUGGUUUGAUCCAUUAUAAGGAAAGAAUUCGAGACACAUUAGAUAAAUUACGCGAGGAGCUGGUGGAGUACAGUCAGAAAGAAGCUUAUUGGUUGGAUUUGCAAGCUUCAUUUCUAAAAACAAUGAAGCUGCCACAAGAUUAUGAUUUACGCCACAUAGAAAACAACUAUGGCAAAAUGGGCGAAAUGACGGGACUCGAUUUUCGAGAGUUGAAAAAGUGUGGUGACAUGAACUCCCUUAUAAAACACUUCCUCGACGGCCCGUUGUAUAACGAUAAGUGGUUGAACGAUAAGGGUGUCCAUGCUUUGGACUCCUUGUAUACCCUCCAAAAACUGAUAAAACACAUACAGAAACAUGCUAAUACGGCUUCCGAUUUCGUAAUGCAAGCUGAACAAAUAAAAACCCCUGAUCCGAAAAUAAUGAAACAGUUCGGGUUUAAAUUAAGCGACAUAAGAGCAACAGAAUUUGAAAAUGAAGCCAAAAUACUGAAAGGCGAACUUCGCAUAGGGGGCGAUAAAAAGACAUCUAGUCCGAUAAGUCAAGUCAAAAGCCAAAUUGAGGAUGAAGAAUUUGAAUAUGAAGGAGGAGUAUUCUUAUAUCCGCCGACGAUGAGAGUGAGCCGUAACACGGAGGAUUUCGACAGGGACUCUGACUGGCCUACGAACAAGUUCUGUUCGGAAUCCGCGCAUAAGUUCCCAAAAAACCUGGAAACUGUAUUUCCAGUUUUUUUGCCAUUUGAAAAUAAAGGGAUUAGCCUAGGGAAGCUGCUGACGGACAAGCUGGGCGUGCCGGCCGACACCGAGCACGAGUUGCCGUGGCACCCGCCCACGUGCCCGCACGACAGCCACGCGGCACCGUUCACGCAGAAACGGCCCGGGAAACAACAUCUGAGCCAGGUGGUGGGCACAGGAUAUCUGCGAGAGAAGCUUCGAGAGUACGUGGGUGACGGUGACUUGCACGUCGUCCAACAUAUGCAGGACGCAGAGAUCGGCCAGCGGAUCUAUGCUGCUAUACAAAAAAAACUAGCUCCAAAAUGGCUUCUCUACACGCUGGCGUCUUUAUACUGGCGUGUUCGAGGAAAUAACGCCAACGCGUUGCAUUGCCUGGCGAGCGCGGGCCGCACCGUGCAGCCGCGGUACAAGGACAUCGUGCUCACGUCGCUCGCCUCGCUGUACCUCGAGAUGGGGCACUUUGAUGAGGCGUUGCUGGCGGCCGAGGAGGCCUUCCGAGUGAGCCUUUACGAGCCAGCAACAAACUUCAUCCUGGCCUCACUGAACAUGGUCAAGAAGCACCGCAACACGCACAUGUUCCACUUGAAGCAGACGGUGCGCGUGGAGCCCGGCUUCAUGAACGGCCUGGCCCACGGCCUGCUGGACGCCUGGUCGUGUGUGCUCAAGGAGGCCAGGGCUCAGGCCAACAAUGUCCAUGAGAUAGAGUUCGCCGAGGCUGAGCUGACGGACGUGUGUCUGGUGUGCGAGAAGGGCGGCACCAACUGCCACAUGAGCAACAUCCAUUGCUACAACAGCCGCGAACGAGGUUUGCGAAUUUUUGACGGCAUUUGCAUAAAGUUUCCUGUUCCUGCCUUGUAUCCAAACAUCCCAUGUCAAAUAAAGUCGAUCUGUUCCCUUCUCCAAACUUAUUUCCAGAAAGUGGUUCUCAAUUUCGACCGCACUAAGAGUGUUGAGGUGCGUACCUCGGUCGACCAUGUCGACGGCAGUAUAUUUGAGCCGUUCAUGACCAACAUGCCCCCUGACAGAAGACAGAGACUGGCUCAUCAUCACAACUUCGAGAAGAUGCUGCAAACAGUGGAUAGUGCAUUGCAGGGAUGUGGAUCGAGAGGAUGCAAUUACAUUCAACCCGAAGACUUGGCUUUGAAAGAGGAGGAUUGUGUAUACCAGCAGCUACAGCUGGGGCAUUGGCUCCACACUACUAACUUCAAACCUCUUGUCAGUGAUAGCAAUCUCAAAUUGCCACCUGAGAUUCCAUCCUUAACACCAUCUAGCAGAAAAGUUCCCGAAUGUCGCCUCUUUUCCGAUCCAUCUCAAGACUUCUUCCUGGAGAGGCUCGGUCGGAUUGACACCGGCAACUGGGAGCCUAUUCUUACUCUAAUGCAUCAAUUUGCUGAGUACUUUGAAUACUUCGACUAUGGCAGCUUGGGAGCCAAGAUAGCUAAAUAUGUAGAUACACAACCGCGCGCUUGGCUCGGCGCGCUGGCGGCGGGCUGGUGGUGCGGCGCGGGCGGGCACGGCGCGUGCGCGGCGCGCUGCCUCUCCGCCGCCACAGCGCUGGCGCCCUCGCAAUCCGCACCAUUACGCGCGUUCACGCAGCUACUACAUAUGCAAUCGAAACACAAAGACGCUAAAGAAGUUGCAUAUCUGGCUUUCUACAUGUCACCAAAGAGUAAAGUGGAAGCUUUCCUCGUAGCUGUGUCACAUUCUUACAUGGAGGAGUACGAACAAGCAGUGUGGAUGUACCGCUACGCUCUGAGUUUCGAUGACAAAUUCCUCCCCGCCAAGGCUUGCCUCCACGCCACCAUGUGCCUCAUGCUCUUUGGAGAGAGCGCUAGGGCCAAACCUAAAGAAGACUAAGAAAGACACUGAUUUGUUCGGAUUAAUCCCUGCCGCUUCUUUUCGCCAUCGUCCUACGCGACAACAUUACCAUCCUCACCACUUAGAUGGUUGGCAGUCCUCAACUGUACGUUUCUCCAGAAACUUCCUGCCUCGCACAGCUAAACUGUAGAAUGAACUAUUGUCGGACCGAUACGACCUUCAAACCUUCAAGAAAAGAGCGUACUCCCAUCUUAAAGGCCGGCAACGCACUUACAACCUCUCUAGUGUUGCGGGUGUCCAUGGGCGGCGGUAAUCGCUUACCAUCAGGUGAUCCGUCUGCUCGUUUGCCU